UUUAGUUCAAGGAGUCUGCUCUGAGCAUACUCCCUUGACCUUGCUCUUGGCUGUGCUGAGGAGACUCUAGGUCUGAACCGCUGUUUCUUUUUGUGCCUCUGUUUUUAGAGUGCUCCCUGCCGUCAUCAAUUUCCUAGCAACUGACUGCGGGUGUACCUGCACUCCUGAUAAUGAAGGGGAAUGAAGGCUGCCCUUUCCCUCUUUGCCUUCUCCUCCAGGGCACGCAGCGGUGCCAGCCCUUCCUUGAUGGCCCUUGGGGCAGCAGCUCACAGCUGUUCCUCCUGGUGAUGAGGAAUAGACUCAGAGGCGCUUCCCCUUGAAUCUCUCGCCACUGGCAAUUUUCACCUUCUUGGGAACAGGUGGAAGACCCAGGCAUAAACACUUACAGUUUAACUGUAAACACCUGUUGACAGAGCCCUGCGUUGUCUGAACAGUCUUCUCCCUGGCUCUGGUGGCCUGCCCUGGAGAGCUCCGUUUUGCUGCCGACAUGCCUACCCAGCUGGAGAUUGCCAUGGACAUCAUGAUAAGAACCUUCCACCACUACUCCUGCAAGGAAGGGGACAGGUUCAAGCUCAACAAGGGGGAGCUGAAAAUGCUCCUACAGCGAGAACUCACGGAUUUCCUCUCGUGCCAAAAGGACCCUGAGUUGGUUGAUAAGAUAUUGCAGGACCUGGAUGCCAAUAAGGACAACGAAGUGGAUUUUAAUGAGUUCGUGGUCAUGGUGGCAGCUCUGACGGUGGCUUGUAACGAUUACUUUGUAGAACAAUUGAAGAAGAAAGGAAAGUAGAGACAAGUAGUAAACUAAGCUAAAGGCAGAAAUAAUCCACAGUUAUUUACUUACUGUUUAUCUAUACCCUCCAGAUCCAUGGUCAUAGAUAGUAAUGCCAUUUAUGGAUGUAAUAUAUAUAUAAUUAGUUGCUAGUAUUAUUAAAUGAGGCAUACCUUAAUACACUGACUUUAAAUAAAUACUCUAAGUCUUAUAUGCCCUACUUAAAAUUUUCAUAUAUAUAAA